CAAAAAAGAAAAGGAAAAAAAAAAAAGUUUGUGUUGUUCAGAGAGAGAGCGAAAGAGAAAUUGAAGGAUGAGGAAGAGAGCAGCGUUGUUGCUGGUGCUAUGGCUGGCUAUGUCGGUGGGGACUUGGGGUGAGGAUCAGAACGCCGAAAACAAUGAUUCAUGGACUGGCUGGGCCCGUGACAAGCUCACAGAGGGAGUUGGACUCAAAGGUGGGGAAGCAGGCUCUAAGUCCGCUGAAAGAGCGAACAAAGCAGCCUUCGUUCAAAAGUUUUUAGAAGGAGCUAUAUACUCUCUUGAAAAACAUCAAACAGCCAAAGCUGAAGAGCUGAUGAAAGGAGCUAUGGAGUAUCUUUAUCAUGAUAACACCAUAAAAGAUAAAGCAGCCAAACUUGAGGAGUUCAUGAAAGAAGCUAUCAAGUAUCUUGAGCAAGAUAUGGUAGAAAAAGCAGAAAACGUGGUGAAAGGCGCUGUGAUGUAUCUUAAAGGCGAUGACGAAGACAACGAUGAAGGGAAGGGGAAAAGAGCGAAAUAUCUUGAAAAGGAUGAAAAGGAGAAAGUAGCAGCAGGAGUAAAUAAAGCAACCCUUGUUGAUUCGUUUCUGGAAGGAGCUUUAGCCUAUCUUGAACAACACCAAGUGGCGAAAGCUAUAGAUAUUAUGCAGGGAAUUGUACUGUAUGUUGCUCAAUCUGAUGAAAUAAAAGAUAAAGCAGCCGCUGCUGAAGAGAUGAUCCAAGGAGCUUUGACGUAUCUUCAAGAGGACAAACUAGAGAAAGGUACGGAGAUGAUCCGUGAAGCUGCGAAGUAUCUUGAAAACGACGAGGAUUACAAAGCAGCAAUUGGCAAGGGGAAAGGAGCGAAGUAUCUUGAAAAAGGUAAUGCAGAAAAAGGAAUAUUAAAAGCACAUUUUGUUGAAGAGGUUCUAAAGGGAGCUAUGUCCUAUCUUCAAGCAAAUCAUUUGGUCAAAGCUAAAGACGUAAUUCAAGGAGUGCAACAGUUUAUUGCUCAGGAUAAUACAUUAAAAGAUAAACGUGCCACAGCUGAACAAUUGCUCAAUGGAGCUUUUGGCUAUCUUGAACAAGAGAAAUCAGGGAAAGCGCAAAAAAUAAUCCAGGAAGCUAUAGAGUAUCUUCAAAACGACGAGGAUGUCAAAGAAGCAAAUAAAGUCUUUAAAGAAGCAGAAGCCAAGGAAGCUAAGUUGAGAGGAGUGAAGUAUCUUGAAAAGGAUGAAAAGGAGAAAGUAGCAGCCGGAGUAAAUAAAGCAAACCUUGUUGAUUCGUUUCUGGAAGGAGCUUUAGCCUAUCUUGAACAACACCAAGUGGCGAAAGCUAUAGAUAUUAUGCAGGGAAUUGUACUGUAUGUUGCUCAAUCUGACGAAAUAAAAGAUAAAGCAGCCGCUGCUGAAGAGAUGAUCCAAGGAGCUUUGACGUAUCUUCAAGAGGACAAACUAGAGAAAGGUACGGAGAUGAUCCGUGAAGCUGCGAAGUAUCUUGAAAACGACGAGGAUUACAAAGCAGCAAUUGGCAAGGGAAAAGGAGCGAAGUAUCUUGAAAAAGGUAAUGCAGAAAAAGGAAUAUUAAAAGCACAUUUUGUUGAAGAGGUUCUAAAGGGAGCUAUGUCCUAUCUUCAAGCAAAUCAUUUGGUCAAAGCUAAAGACGUAAUUCAAGGAGUGCAACAGUUUAUUGCUCAGGAUAAUACAUUAAAAGAUAAACGUGCCACAGCUGAACAAUUGCUCAAUGGAGCUUUUGGCUAUCUUGAACAAGAGAAAUCAGGGAAAGCGCAAAAAAUAAUCCAAGAAGCUAUAGAGUAUCUUGAAAAUGACAAGGAUGUCAAAGAAGCAAAUAAAGUCUUUAAAGAAGCAGAAGCAACUACUACCAACUUCACCUUCUUUCUAUCUGGAAGAUAA